UAAGUAAAAGGUUCAAAGUGAUAGAAAUGUGUUGAUUCGUGACUCAUACAUGAACGAUGAACGAUAGUUUUCUCUGUUUGAAAUUAAAAAGUCGUCGUUUCGUCAGAUGACGGAAAACACUUUCGAAAUCGAAAAAGUGUAUGAGAAAUUCGAGAUCCCAAAAUCGACGAUACGUUUCAGAUUAAUUUUACUGUUUUGUUUUUAUGUGUUGUAACCUAUUUCUUGUACAUUCAACAACGAAAGAGAUAACGCUGGAAUGCAUUACAACUGGUUCGAAGUUCGUAUGCCUUUCUUAUCGCGCAAUGAUUUGUAUUCCUUCUUGCGGCACUUCCUUAUUUCUUUGUCAGUAUCAACGUAAUGUUCGACUCGUGCGAACGUAAUUUAUGUAAUAUCUACUACGUCGUAUCGCUACGAUUAUUAACGAUUCCAUCGAGUUACCUUCUCAAGUUUAGGUAACUCUUCUAUAUUAGAAUCGCGAAGAUGCUCGAGAGAAUACCUUACAACAGCACAACUACAGUUCGUGUGGCAAGUGAAAUUAAGAAAAAUGAAUUCGUUUUUCAAGUCAGUAAAUUCAUUGACAAAUCGAAGAAACAUAUUGAUCAAACAAUCGCUGCAAAAGCAAUUAAUUACCAGCGUAAUGGAGGUGGAAAUAGCAUCGCGCGCGGAAGAAGGUGGAGCAGUUGGCAACUGCGAAGAAAGUAUCACGCUCUGCUCUGUUUUGGAAGCUGUCUUCUUACACGGUUUGAAAGACAGCCUUUUAAAUCGAGUAACCGAAGUUCUAAGUGAUCCGGAUAUCGAUGCCAUGCCGCAACCAAGCUUUUGGGGUCCUUUACUAGUAUACUCUCAUCGUCAGAUUAUAGACCAAAUACAAGCGUCCAGCCAGCUUACCACCGAAGUUGGAUAUUGCAGAGCUUGGAUACGUUUAGCCUUAAACGAUGGACUUUUAGCUAACUACCUCUGUUCCAUAAGAAGAGAACAUUCAGCUUUAAAGCCAUAUUACAAUCGUUCUGCGUUUAUUAGGGAUUUGGAUUUUGUAGAAAUUACAGAAAGAUUAAUCGAAAGCUUGGAUUACGUUAAUUUUAAACUACAGUGUAAUAGUAACUUCUUGAAUUUUUGGUCUAGUACGCCUCUUUUACUAGCAGGAAUAUGGUCACUGCCGAUGAAAUCUUGUCCUGUAUUCAGUGCAAUAGACAUUGCGAAAACCAUAACUACCGAUGUAGCGAGUAAUGAAAAUUUUGCUGAUAUCGAAACAGCUAGUUCUAUCAGUAGUUUAGAGUCCUUUAAUUCGUCGCAGUAUGCCCUUAAUAAUGUGGCUUCCGUUAUGGAAAAUGAAGAUUUAAAAAUGUUAUUGGCUAACAAGAAAUCAAACAAUAUCGGUGCAGGACAUUUGACCAACAAUUUAAGAGAUACUCCACCUUUGCAAGAAGUAGAAGAAGAAAAUGUACAAGAAACGGAGGAACAAAAUGUGCGGCGAGUAGAGGAAUGUGAUACGCAAGAAGCCGGGGAACCGACUAUAGAAGGCACGGAGGAACAUAAUUUACAAGAAAUUGAAGAAAUAGACAAACAGAUUUUAGAUACUAGUAAUCCAAACAGCGAUGUAAAAACUAACGCGAUACCCAAUAUUCAAGAUUCAGGAACUGAAAAUGUUGUACAGAAUCGUUCAACGUCCCAGGAUGCUAUCGAAGCUACCGUAGGAAAUUCAUUAAUUAGAGGAUUAGGCUGGUCGACGUUGUUCGAAGAUUGUGAAUCUUCUUUAAGUUCAUUUGUAAUAUCGCAUGACUCUGAAACACCAGCCGAAGGACCUACGUACGAUUCGAUUAUUCAAAGCUAUCACAAUACUGGAAAUACGUCGAAACCAAACCUCCAAGAACUUUUAGAAAAAUAUCCGAAAAAACAAUCAUCCGACGAUGGAGUUAAAGUUCAAUCGGAAAUCAAGGCGGUGAUAAAUUUUGAUGAACAAUUGGGGAAACUAGCCAGAGAAAAGGGUUUGGACACCCAGGACUAUUGUUGCUUUGAAUGUGGUCAUGCGAUUGGCAUGAUUUUUUCAAAAGCUCAUGUGUGUUCCUACUCUGGUAAUUAUUAUUGUUCCAAAUGUAUGUCUCAGGACGAAUUUAUUAUUCCAUCGAGGGUAAUUUAUAAUUGGGAUCUAAAGCAUUAUUCUGUUUGCAAUAAAGCUGCGGCAUAUUUACACAAUUGUCCAAAAUUAUUAGACCUUAAGGUAUUAAACCCACAAAUUUAUAUGGCCGUAGAUACUAUGGCGCAAUUGCAAUCAUUAAGAAUUCAAUUAAAUUUAUUAAGAGCUUACUUAUUUACCUGCCGUGAACCUAUAAUCGAAUCUUUGCAAAAAAAACUUACACCUAGAGACUAUUUAUACGAACACGUUCAUCAAUAUUCUGUUGUCGAUCUUCUUGACAUACCUAACGGAAUUCUUGCUCAACAACUACAGAAGGUAAUACAAUUCGCAAGAUGUCAUGUUAUAAACUGUUGGCUUUGUAGUCAAAAAGGUUUUAUAUGCGAAAUAUGCAAUAAUCCAAACGUAAUAUAUCCUUUUGAUAUGGAAUCUACAUAUAGAUGCGAUGUCUGUAAUGCAGUCUUUCACGACGAAUGUUUAAAUGCAAAUAAACCAUGUCCAAAAUGUGAACGCAGGCGGAAACAAAUGGACCUUCCGCUUUUAGACAUGGGAUGUACAGAAUUAUCAAUGGAUGAUGCUCCGACAGGUCCAACUAAUACAAAUUAAUAAAAGUAUAUCGUGACGCGUUACAUAUUUUUAAUUCCAAACUUGCGUACAGUAUUGGUGUUUUUAUGAACUAAUUGUUCAACUGAAAUUUUUUUUUUUAUUAAAAUUUCUUUUCCUAAAAAUUAGUAAUGAAUAUUUAAUACCCGCAAAGGAAUGAACAUUACACAUUGAAAUUGAAACGUAGCGUGCGUCGGUAGAAGAGAUGCGAGUAAGUUUUUAGUACACUAAUUAGUACACUUUCGGGACGAGCAUGCAGAGCUGGGUAAAUUUUAUUCACGAAUAACGAGUAAAAAUUUUAGAUUGAUUCGUAAACGUCUACGUGUAUUUUGUUCGUAAAUUCAUUUAAAAAUUACAAUUUAUUAACGAAUUUUUUAAACCAAUAUUCGGAUGAGCAAACCCGUGGCCAAAAUAUGUACACAUACAUAUUAUAUUUGAUAUAAUGGAUGGAAAAAAAUAGAUUUUCGAGAAUAAAAUUUAACCAACUGUGCAAGUACAUAGUAGGCAAUAAUAUUUAAGGUUACACUUAUUUGAAUACUUGUAUUUUACUGAACUUUGUCAUCUACACACUAGAUUCUUAUCUUCCUAUUUUUGCAUCAUAUUUAAUUUACUUGUUUGCUAUAUCUUUUUCAUACACUAUAAAUACACGUAGUUCUCACUUUUACGAAUCAGUUAAUUACGAUUCCUUUUUCGUAAAACUUGGUAAAAUUAAUUCUCUCAAAGCUGAAAAUUCGUAAAAUGAGAAUUACCGGGGUACGAUUCUUCUACACGAUGGUGUUUGUUGUCUUGUUUAUUGCUAUAUUUUUAGGGAAGAAUUUGUGUAAUGUAAUAAAUUAAAUCUUACGUUUCGUUUAAAUUUCUCAUAGACACGUUAUACAGUAACGAAAAUUUAUUUAAAUUGUUAGA